GAGUCGAACGAUGCCGCCGGAGCGCCCGCGCUGUUCGCGCCUUUUUACCUUUCAAAUUGUUCUUUUUUAAUUCCUCGGAACAAAAUCACUUUGUUUGCUGCCGAAGGAGUUUGAAGGUUUAAUAUUUCUUAUCGAUAUUUGCAGCAGCUUGCGUUGCGUUCAACGCUGAUAAGAGAUUUGAGACUGUUGUAAUUUUUUGUUUGUUUGUGUUGCAUAGUUUUCGAAACAGUUAUAAGUGAUUGUUUGGAAAUAUGGACUGCGCCUAGUGUAAAGGGCUAUUUUCUAUCCCCGAGUACCCAGAGGGCGAGGGGGCAGGGAGAGGCAUGUGGUCGGCUGCCGUCCACGCCAUCCUCAAUACCCUUCGCUACCUGGCGCCGGCCACUCUACUCACGUUGUUCUGGGGAGAACAGAGCCUGCUGUUCAGGAUACUGAGGCAUAUCGACUCAGCUGUACGGUCAUUGGCAUACUCGAGCGACGAGCAAAAGGCGUCCGUUCUGAAAUGGCUGGCGGAGUCGGGGGCAGUUCGUGUGGAACACCUGGACACAGUGUGGCGCCACGGGUGGAUCCUCUGUGGCGUGUUAGACGCAGCGGUACCGGGCGCCUGCGCCGGUCACCCGCCCAACAGACUCAGCUUGAAGCAUGCGCAGACGAUCGCUGAUCAUUACCUUGGCGUUGAUCCGGUGUUUACGAAUGAAGAGUUGGAAGCGAGCAAUUGUCUGAGUAAACAUCAAGAAUGGAAGUUGGCUCAAUAUCUGGACAGGAUACGGGAGGCUUUGGGGAAACUUCCCCCUCCUGUAUCCAAGCCGAAUUCUCAAAGUACAUCUCCUACAGAAACCCAUCAGUUUACGUUCGACUACGCGGCUCGGGGCUCCGGUCUCACGGCCGCACAAGUCAACAGCAAAAUGUACUUCAAGGUCUAUCCAACUGCCCAACAGUCCUUGGAACCGGGAGAGAUCACAAUCUUGAUAAGAGGACCAAAAGACACGUACGGUAUGGCAGUAGCUCCUCCUGUUUUGGGAAGAGCGCAAAUGAUCAGGCAGAAGCUUCUUAAUCUUCAGACGAAAGCAAACCUUACCAAGAACGUGCUGCCUAUAACACACGGGGCUGCCUAUCUCAGGUCCUAUGGGCGUAACGAUAUGAAAAAGACCUACCAUAUUCCUAAGACCAAGUACGAUAUAGAGGUCGAAAUUGAAACGAGAGAUGAUAGUAUAAAAGUCGGCUAUACAGUUAGCCAUGAGGGAAAGUACGAAAUUUCAAUAGUAAGUAGAGGACUUAGUAUUGUGGGUUCACCAUUCCACGUGACAGCUUCACAUAAUAUAUUGGGCAUUUUAGAGAGAGAAAGCUUCUGUCUCGAAGAUGGUGAAGAAAUAGAUAUAGUUGAUGUUAAAACGGACAGAAAAGCGGUUCUAAGAAUUGUUGACUUUGUAACCGAAAAAAUGUUAUUAAAAGAAGAUGGAGUAUUGGAAAGAAUAUCUGAUGAUGAUGCUAACUUAUUGAUGGCGACCAAAGACAAUGAAAAGAAAAUACAAAAAUCUGAUUUGAGUAAUAAGUCCGAGACAAAGACAUAUUUUGCAAGAAACAUGAGGUUUAUAAAAAUCGUUUCAAAAAUAAUAUCUAUGAACAAAGUUUGCGUGGCAUUUAAAGCCGUUAAAAAGAUGUCACAAACAAAUAUUGAUGGAAAUGAUGAAGGACUUGUCAUACGACCGCAUAGUCGAUGUGGCAUUCCAGAUGUAGUCAACUCUACAUUUAACGAGUCUUAUUUGACUUUUUCUAAACAUGAUGCUUAUGAUCAUGAGGCCAACUUGCCAUCCUCGUCGAAUGUGAAGAACAAUAUUAAACUAUUCACAGAUAUAUCAAAACAAACUCACGAAAAACCUUCAUUGCGGAACAAUAAGUCAGGGUCCCUUGACUCAUCGUUUAAUGAAGGGGCGAUUGCCUAUACCGAGAAAACUUCACCAAAUAAUCCUUUUAUGCAACAUCUGUAUGAACAAAGUUAUAUUACAGAACAGGUAAUUGGUUCACAGUUUAUGGAAGAAGAAAGCGAUCAGCCUUUUGCUGAAAUCGAUGAUUUAAAUGAUAUACCAAUACAAAUUAUAAUAGACGAAGACAACGAGUCCAUAUCUCCAUGUACAAACCCAUUUAUGGAACAAGAUAUGAUUGAACGGCCAAAAACACCCGUACUUAAAAUAAUAACUGGUGAAGUUACAGACAGAGCUGAUGAUUUAUACGUAGAUCCAAGAAUUUAUAAAUUACAAGAAGAAAUAUUUCAAAAUAAUGAAUUCAUUAAUCCACUAUUUGUUCAUCAACACUCGCAGUCACCAGAAUCGCCUGAUGAUGAAAAUAUAGAAGCCCGUCCAUUAGCAGCCGAUUUCAAAAUUGGUGCACCUGUCUCUUUACCACCAAUCAUAAGGGCUGCUUCCCCUAAGCAUAUGGAUUCUCUACUGAUAACAUCAGACAGUACUGAUUUUUAUACAUUUGAAAACAAUAAUGAAACUGACAAACCUGAAGAAAUAUCACCUUCGGUUUUUUCUACGCCCGUACAUAACAAAGUGGAUUUAAAUGCAGCUAUAUCGUCCACAUUCCAUAGUUUAGAAUCGAUCAAAGAAAUAAAUGAAGACAUUGUAUUAGCAGAUAACGAAAACAAUUUUAAUCAAUGCGAAAUUGAAGUGUAUAAUUAUAAAAUGGAUAUAGAAACACCUAAGAGAGACAUGUGGGACUCUGCAUAUGUAAGUAUCGACGAAAAUAUGACUUCACCAGAUAAUAACAAUAAUGAUAAUGAAACAUCUAGUAAAUCAAAGUUUUCUCUUAGUGAUGGUGCUUCAUUAAAACGGGACGAAUUACUAAAUAUGGGACCAGCAGAAUUUGAAUUAUGGACAACAUGUGUUGAGCUUACCACCGAUGCACCAAAAGUAAAUGAAGAUUUGAAAGCUUUAAAAUUUGAAAGCAAAAGGCCAAUAUUCACUCCAAUAAUAGAAGAAAGUGACGGGACCGUCUCAGUAACUGGAAAGCAUCAACUUAAAACUAGUGACUCUACUGAUCCAGUAACGGUGGCAUUUGCUGAACUCAAUGAUAUUUUUCAAGAAUAUACGUCAAAUUCAGAGCAAAGUUCUCUUACAAUAACCUAUGAUGACAAAAUCGGACAGAGUUCGGAACUAGAAUAUCCGAUAGAUGAUAAAGAUAUAAGGGUCGACUCAGCAUCUGAUUGUACGGCAGAUGUGAUAAGACCAGCGAAUAAUAAUAAAGAAGGAGCGAUUUCUGAGGUUCAGACAAAUGUCACUGAAUCUGGUUCAGCAAGUCAUAGCCUUCCACAAGAAUCCGACCAUGAACAUUGUGAAAGUACUGUGAUUCAAAUAAAAACCCAAACUGAAUUUGGAGAAACCAUACAGGCAAACCUUGUUUUAGAAAAAAAGAAAUACUGGGAUGAGAAGAUUCGCCAGAUUGAAGAAAUUAAAGCAGAAGAACCGAAGCGCAAGCGUCUGAUAUCUAAAAAUCUACGUCACAAUGAUUCUUUAUCCAAACGCAGAGGGAAACAAAUGGUGAAACAAUUUUUGGUUUCAAACGAAACUAAACUGAUUACUAGCAGACAUUUGAAUGAUGAACAAAAAUUCAAACAAAGUUUUGAGGAACAACAAGCGGACCCUAAACUGGUAGAAAAGUGGAAGAAUUUUUGGAAUGAGAAACUUGAAGCUGAAAGGGAUGUCAACCAAGGUAAUUUUGUCACCAAUGUGUCUAGACUAACUGACUACAGUAGCGAAUCCCCAUCACCAACACCUCCUGAACGCAGCGAAACUGAGAUAGAAAUCGCUGAUCAUAAUAAAAAUAAAAAAGAUAGUGGAAAUAAAACACCGAUACUGCCAGUAAAACAAGAACUGCCAGAAGAAGUUUUUAAGGCUUUUGAAACGAGUCCCAAGCGAUUUUUUGGUACAUCGAGAAAACAAAUAUUGAACAAAAUUGAUUCUUUUUUAGGAAAGGAAGGCACCGCAAAAGAUACUUUGAAUAAGGAAAGCGGUGCUCAUCUAGAGAAAGGUAUCGUUUCCAGUCGCAUAUCUUUAUUUCAUACUAUAUCAAAUGUCGAAGAUUUGCCACGGAAAAAGAGUAUUAGUCAUUCAAUGCAUAACAUUUCUGAUAGUCCUAAGUUGCAAAAUCAAAUGUCCAUAUCAUUAACCGAAACUUCAGUUACACACAUAAGCGAAACAGGAUUACUGCCUGUUCAGCCAUGUUUUUCUGAUGAAGAGCUGAGUAUCAUACAAUCAUCCCCGACAAAAGAUGACAAUGUAUUAAAGAAAAAGAGGUUUAGAAUAAAAAACGACUCUUUCAACAAAAGUUUCGACGAAACGUCAUCUGUGGCUAACCAAGUUUUACAGCUUACUCCGCAAAACAAACCAGAAUCUGAAGUUCUAAAAACAGUCAUAGAUAUAACUAAACAGUCUGGAAAGCAAGAAAGAUUCCAUAAUAUACAUACACUGCGUAAAUCAUCUGUGAGUAAAUCAGAGAUGGAUCUAUUCAGCAGGAGUAAGUCAAAUGUUUCAGCUGAAGCCGAGGACUUUGAUAGACAUAAGUCAUAUGAAGAGUUGCCGAAGAUAAAUGUAAAAAAUUAUAUCAGUAUGUAUGAAACAGUCUCAGAAAGUGUCAAAGCUGAAACAAGGCAAAUCAAGAAGUUAUUAAGAACGAGAUCAAUAGGAUCGGGACGUAUUGGAAAUAAGAGUAUGAAAUCAGGAGAUGAAAAUACUUUUAGCGUCGCCCUAAAAAUGGAAGACUCUAUCGAUGAUUUAAAAAAAGAAGAAACUAAUUCAAAUUGUAAAACUCCGAAACCACCACCCAGGCGUAAACGUUGGCUGAACAAAUCCAUGGACAGUCAAGAUAUAGGCAUCAGUAUGGAUUCGUUAGAUGGUAUAAAAGAUGAAACUGUCAGUGAACCUAGUCAAAAUCUGCGUAUAAACAAAAACAAAACGUUAGUUACUUUAUCAGACAUUGAGUUGGAAAUAAUAAGUAACAGUCCAGAUCCUGUCGAAUCAUCACCCGAAAGAGAGACCCAUCCUACUGAUUACAAAUCAAGAUUCAAACUGGCUAAGCAGUAUUUUCAAUCGUUAGAGGAACUUCGUGUAGAGCCUGUAUCGAAAGCUUCUAAGAAAAUUAAUGAGUGUGAAGAACUGCUUUUGGAGCGAUCAAACGAAUCUCUUGUAAGCGAAGGUUCAAAAAACAAGUCUCCGAAGAGGGGAAUCAAGAAAUCGUACUCCAUGCCUUCUUCAGAAAUUUCAAAGAUAUGGAAGCAAAUGCAAAAAAGUGAAGAUGAAGCGAAAUUAGUAAAAAUAUCGGAGAAAUUUCAUGUUGAUGAUCUAUUCAACGACGUGGUGGAAGGGAAACUAAGCAGAAAGGGCAGUUUGCGAGGAAUUCCACAUAAGAAGGCAGUUCUAGAAGCUUUUAGAUCUAUGGAAAAUGUUACGGAUGCAGCUUUGAGUUCAUAUGAAAUAUCUAUGUCGCAGCUAAGCGAGUUCGCAAAAGAAAAUCGAAUUAAGAAUGCACAGACGUAUUUAAGUGAAUAUCCUUACUUGCCAACGACAGAUCCAUUGAAAUAUCAUUCAAGAUUGGACACAAAAGCAUCGGGGCUCAUUUGCAUGAAAGAACUACUGAAUGAGAAGCCAAGACGCAAUAGUGUUCCCGACAUAAGACUUAAUCCAAAGUUUACUGUCGAAUUGUAGAUGAUAAGAUAAAAUUAAGUCAGUGUUUUGUAGUUGAAAGCUAGCGUUAAACUUGCAGUAUUUUAGUACCUUUUAGUUUUUACUCAAUAGAAAUGAUAUAUUAGAUCGUGAAAUAAUUUAAUGAAAUGAGUAAUGAGUAUUUUGCUUUUAGAUAGUUAUGUAAUACUUAUCUAUUUUUUACAUUCCAUCAUAAUUUAUUUUAAUUCACGUUUUCAUUCACUAUUUUAUAAUAGGCUAAGUAAAUGUACAAUAUGUACAGAUUAUGAAUCUUUCUAAACUAUUGUAAUAAAAAUACCUAUUUAUUUUAAAUAAAGUUUAAAAAUAGCUUUGAA